AUGCAGCUGCCUCCCUUCGACAUGUGGAAGGACUACUUCAACCUGAGCCAGGUGGUGUUGGCACUGAUCCAGAGUGGGGGGCAGAGGCCAGAGGCCCCAGGGCCCGGGGAGCCGAGACCUGGGCCCCCGCUGGAGCAGCCUCAGGGUCCGGGAGGGCCCGGGGCCAGUGGAGGCCUGGCCACCUUGUGCAAUUUCUGCAAGCACAAUGGGGAAUCGCGUCACGUCUACUCGUCACACCAGCUGAAGACCCCAGACGGCGUGGUGAUGUGCCCCAUCCUGCGGCAUUACGUGUGUCCCCUGUGCGGGGCCACCGGCGGCCAGGCACACACGCUCAAGUACUGCCCACUCAACGGUGGCCAGCAGUCUCUCUACCGCCGCAGCGGGCGCAACUCGGCCGGCCGCAAGGUCAAGCGCUGA